UUUCUAAUCACUCUUUUUUAUUUAUAUACUAUGCCUUCACCAUCUACACCUAAACCACGAAGCAUGAAAGCUGGUGCUCGUAACGUUUUACGUUCGAAUGAUUCAGCAAGUUUAUGGAAUUGUACCUUAUCACCUGGUUGGACCGAAAAUGAAUCAGAAGUAUUAAGAAAGGCUCUUAUGAAAUUCGGUAUUGGCAAUUGGGCAAAGAUCAUUGAUAGUGGUUACCUUCCUGGAAAGACUAAUGCUCAAAUGAAUCUUCAGUUACAACGUUUACUUGGUCAACAAAGUACUGCAGAAUUUGCUGGUUUACAUAUCGAUCCCAAAGUGAUUGGUGCACGAAACUCCAAGAUUCAAGGACCAGACAUCAAACGGAAGAACAAUACUAUUGUUAACACUGGAGGAAAACUAUCAAGAGAAGAAUUGAAACAACGUGUGAUCAAGAAUAGAGAAAUGUACGAAUUGCCCAAGGAAGUAUGGGAAAAUAUUCAAAUCUUUAGUGCGGCAGAGACUGCCAAAAUGAUAAAAGAAAAGAACAAGGACAUCAAAAAGUUAAAACGACAAUUGAAAAUGGUUCGAAACCAAAUCAAAGAUAUGGCUUUAUUACUACCAGCGGAUCGUGUAUCGAAACUCAAAGCUGAAGUACGAAGAUCGUCUACAAUCAAAUCAAAAUCAUCAUCACCAGUACCAACAUCACCAGCUAAAGUAGCAUCAUCAUCAUCAUCACCAUCCACUGGAGAAACACCUGCCAAGAAGAUGCGAUUAGUUUAGUUUCAUUUGUGUAUAACAUUUUUUUUUUUUUUUUACUUAGCAUUGUCAUUCCCUUUUCUCCUUUUUAUAUUAUGAUUCAAUAAAGUUUUUAUCAAUAAAGGAUAAAAAGUGUUGUUGUUGUUGUUGUUGUUGUUGCUGU